AUGGAUAAAGGUUGGAUGUUUUUACCAAAACAAACUGAGGAAUACAGAAAAGGACUUGAGAAUUUUCUAGAUUUUGCAUUUUCUAAUGCAAACAUAAAUGGAACAAUUGCAUGUCCUUGUGCAAGAUGUAAGAUUGGCAUAUGUGUUUCAAGAGAGGAGGCUUAUGAUCAUUUGACGGUUGAUGGAUUUAUUAAAGGUUAUACUCACUGGGUUGCUCAUGGAGAGAUAGCAUGUAGUGCACCUUCAAUAUCUAGUUCGGUUCUGUCUCGUGAUGAUGUAGAUAACAUGGAGGGACUAGUUCAUGAUGCUUUUGGGGUCCAACAACACUAUGGUAGUACAAUCAAUACAGCAGGAUUUGAAAAGGAUAAAGAUAUUCCGUUUGGGGAGACUGAGAAAUUCUAUAAAUUAAUUGAUGAUUCACAAAAGGAGUUAUAUCCCGGAUCAUUUCCAAAUGCCAUGAAAGAUUUACCAAAGUCAUACUAUGAAGCAGAGAAAUUGAUGAAGCAAUUAGGACUUGGUUAUGAAAAAAUCGAUGCUUGCCCUAAUGAUUGUACUUUGUACUGGGGGUUGGACAAGGAAAGAGUUCUCUGUAAAACAUGCAAUGAGCCUAGAUGGGAAACAUCUAAAGAUGAUCCUACUGGUGACAAGAGGAAAGUUGCAUGUAAGGUUUUAUGGUAUUUUCCAAUAAAGCCUAGGUUACAACGUUUGUUCAUGUCCUACAAAACAGCCGUCCAUAUGAGAUGGCAUUCUGAAUCUCGCAUAAAAGACAGUUACAUGCGACACCCAGCUGAUUCCCCAGCUUGGAAAACGUUUGACCAUAACCACCCAGAAUUUGCGAAGGAUCCUAGAACAUAA